CCAUCUCUUCGCAUAUCUGUACCACCACUGGUGUGAAGUUACUUCGACUGUUACCAUAGUGGAUUACAGAUGGGUAAAACAUUGAAAAUAGUUUGAUAAAUGCACUUUAUUUAUUUUUAUCACAUGGGAUUUUAGAAAGUGCGCAGCGGAUUGUUUUAUUGGUUUUCCCUGAAACGUCGGGAACAGGACACAGGCAAGUGGAAACUCCUUAUACAGAUCAAGUAUGUGUAUUGAAGACGUGUGGAAUAUUUUACAGUUAUAUAAUUUUUCAGCUAACAAUUUUCGGAAAGAAAUUGAACUGUCUAAAGAUUUUUAAAAGACUCGAGUUCGACUAGGCAACUCUUCGUCAUGGACGCGUGAGGUGAAGCUACACGGUGCGGUAAUCUACGAGGGACACGUGAGGUGAAGCUACACGGUGCGGUAAUCUACGAGGGACACUCGGGCAAAAUCUAUAGCCUAAACCAUCCUCGGGCUUUUGGAUGUGGUCUGUACAGGGCAGGGGUGAAUACUUGGACCUCUAAGAAUGAAAUGAAUCAGUCUUCCAACGUCUUCAUUUUGUCUUUUCCAAAGACACAUCUAGUUAUGGGGUGAAGAGGAUGAGGUAGAGACGGCAGGAGGGAUGUGGGAGGGAACAUGGAAUGUUUUUUAUUAUAUAAUCUCUGACAAAACUGCUUAUUAGUGGGAGAACAUAGCAAGCCAAUUUCCCUGACCCCUUUUUCCCUCCCCUUUUCAUCGGGGGAGACAGAACUUUUUGUGAUCAUUAAUCAUUUUGGAGAGAAUCGACCUGUUUUCAGACAAAUUGACUGUUGAAAUGAUAACACAUCUUGACUGAAGUUGACACGGAGAACACUGGGCUCUAUGACAAGAGUCACUGGUGUGUAUUAUUUUGAUUUCACUGAUCUUGUAUUACACAGUAACCCCCUCUGUCUGCCUCUCCAUAGGAGAGAGGAAUAUUGAAUUGGCAAGAUGGCUAAUGUGCAUUUAUUGUUUCAGAUUUCAACUAUACCUCUCUGUCUCUUUUUUCUCUGCCUUGAUCCAUCUCUCUUUUUUAUUGUUUGAUUUUGGUUGAUCAUUUGGAAUGACACCUGAUGCCCGAGGUCCUGGAUUUCAAUCUUCCGUCAUCCUUCAAGAUGCUGAAUCUAAAGACACUAAGCCUUCAGCUAACCACACUCAGUUGUACCCCUUACUUGUUUUUCAACUUUGCACUGUUUUCUUUUUGAAGCCAUCUUUUGUGGACGUAGAACAAUUGCAACCAACCCCAUCUUGCUUUGAGAUACUGUGAUAUGUAAUCAUUCGAGGAACUGUCGACACACUGUUGUGUCCCUUGCCGUCUCUGAAUCUCUGAAAGGCUUUUUGCGUAAAGUAGAAAGGGACAAAAACAAUCCCCAAGUUAAUUUUCCUCCAGCCCCCCUGUCCGUCCUCCCCUCUCCCCCCCCACUCAUCAGGGCUGGUGGGGGGGUGGGAUCUGGAGCUCCAGGGUCGUAACUGCGGAGGUGGUGGUACCCUGGAGCCUCCUUGUAGCAAGGCCUUCCAUCAUGGAGACCAGCCCAGAGAGCCCCAACCGGGCCGUGGAGUACCUCCUGGAGCUCAACAACAUCAUCGAGAGCCAGGCCAAGCUCAUGGAGACACAGCGACGACGCAUCGAGGAGCUGGAAGGUCAGCUGGACCGAGUCAGCCAGGAGAACCAGGACCUGAGGCUGGAGAAACCCACUCCUCCACGAGCCCCGGAGCUCCCCGAACAGAACCAUAGCAACACCAACCACAGAGCAGAGCAGCCCCUCUCCCUGCCCAUCCACCCUGGCAGCAGUAGUGGAGGUAGUGGCAGCACCCCCAGCCCCGUCACCGCCCCACCCCCUGCAGUGGUGGUGCCCCCUGCAGGGCUGAGCCGGGAGAGACGUGCCCACACCAGGCUGACCCGGGGCAUGUCCUGUGGCUCGAACCCAGCUGAGAGGGAGCAGCGGGAGAGAUUGGACCACACAGACAGCUCUGACACCAACAGCUCCACCAUCCGCAGAAAUGUGGAAACAGAGACCCAGUGUGCGGAGCCUCCCGGGGCCCACUCAGACGGCCCCUACAGCCAGACCACAGCGUACCUGCGUGGCACAGAGCGCUACAGUGACAGCAGCAGUGGUCCUGGUCCUCCAGGCCCUCGGGGGCCUCCGUGCGUGGCCCCUCCCAGCUCGGCAAGCCUUGCCUGGGCACUGCGAACACGCCAUCAGCCUGCCAGCCUGGCCCUCCGCAAGCAGGAGGAGGAGGAGAACAAGAGGUGCAAGGCCAGUCUCUCUGACAGCUAUGAGCUCUCCACAGACCUGCAGGACAAGAAGGUGGAGAUGUUGGAGAGGAAGUAUGGUGGCUCCUUUGUGAGCCGCAGAGCAGCCCGGACCAUCCAGACAGCCUUCCGCCAGUACCGUAUGAACAAGAACUUUGAGCGCCUCCGCAGCUCGGCGUCCGAGAGCCGCAUGACGCGACGCAUCAUCCUGUCCAACAUGCGGCUGCAGUACUCGUUUGACGACCGCCAGCCGCAGCAGCAGGGGACCGGAACACAGACGAACUUCACACACAGCGUGGGCAUCGGCCCUCCUCAUUCACCUGACGCAGAAAGGACAGGAGACUACACACACCUGGAGGACUCCUUCACCAAACAGGUGAAGACCCUGGCUGACUCCAUGGACACCGCCCUGACCUGCCGAGGCGGGCGGGAUGACUCCCAGGAGGACUUUGGGGAGUGUGUGUGGAGCAGCAGCAGUAACCCCUCCUCUCAGAGAGGCCUGUGUGAGAGACCCCGGGGAGGGGGAGGGGGCCUCAGCAUGCACGGAGACAGCACAGCCACCUCCUACAGUGAUGUCACUCUAUACAUGGACGACUGCAUGCCCUCCUCGCCUCUCUCACUGGACCGGGCUCCCAGCAGCACAGACACUGAGUACUGGGGCCCUGGGGGAGGCGUGGGGGCCCGUGAGGACAGCAGGGACACUGAGGGAGGGGGUAGCAGUAACAGCCGUCGCAGCACUCCCUGCACGGAGUGUCGAGACUACCGUCUGAGGGGCGCCCACCUGCCUCUGCUCACCAUCGAGCCCCCCAGCGACAGCUCUGUGGACAUGAGCGACCGCUCUGACCGUGGCUCCCUCAGCAGACAGAUCUACGAGCAGGAGCCAGCGGGAGGAGCGGGCUCUCCUCAGGGAACACUCAAACACUCCCCUAACACUCCCCGCUCUGUCCCCACAGCCGCAGCGCAGGGCCAGACCCGUGCCCCUGGCCGGGGCCCCCCCCUGCCCACUCAAAUCCCCCACCACGUGGCACACCACCAUCACCACCACCCUCACCACCACCACCAGUACCCAGACACCCCCUCAUCCUCCUCCUCCCCCCAGCAGCCCCCCACCACCCCCCUGUCCUCCUCCUCCUCUGCUGCGCUGCCCCCUGGUGGCCUAGAGCAGCCCUGUCUGUCUGACGGGGACAACGACUCUCUCAACUCCACCACCAACUCCAACGAGACGGUGAACUGCAGCUCUGGCUCCUCGUCUCAGGACAGCCUGAGGGAGCCCCUACCCCCUCUGGGCAAGCAGACCUAUCAGAGAGAGAGUAGACACAGCUGGGACUCACCGCCAUUUAACAACGACGUGGUGCAAAGACGCCAGUACCGCAUCGGACUCAACCUAUUCAAUAAGAAGCCAGAAAAAGGGAUCCAGUACCUGAUCGAGAGAGGCUUUGUGUCCGACACUCCGGUCGGGAUCGCUCGCUUCAUCCUGGAGAGGAAGGGCCUUAGCAGACAGAUGAUCGGAGAAUUCCUCGGCAACCGGCAGAAACAGUUCAACAAGGACGUACUGGACUGUGUGGUGGACGAGAUGGACUUCUCAGGUAUGGACCUGGACGAUGCUCUGAGGAAGUUCCAGGCCCAGAUUAGAGUUCAAGGAGAAGCCCAGAAAGUAGAGAGGCUCAUAGAAGCUUUCAGUCAGCGGUACUGUGUGUGUAACCCGACGCUGGUCCGCCAGUUCCAGAACCCAGACACCAUCUUCAUCCUGGCCUUCGCCAUCAUCCUCCUCAACACGGAUAUGUACAGCCCCAACGUCAAGGCAGAGAGGAAGAUGAAGAUAGAGGACUUCAUCAAGAACCUCAGAGGAGUGGACAACGGCCAGGACAUUCCCAGGGAUCUGUUGGUUGGGAUCUACCAGCGCAUCCAGAAGUGGGAGCUAAGGACCAACGAUGACCACGUGUCCCAAGUGCAGGCGGUAGAGAGAGUCAUAGUAGGCAAAAAGCCUGUGAUGUCUCUGCCACACCGCAGGCUGGUAUGCUGCUGUCAGCUCUAUGAGGUGCCUGACCCCAACCGACCCCAGAGGACAGGAGUUCACCAACGGGAGGUCUUCCUGUUCAACGACCUGCUGGUGGUGACUAAGAUUUUCCAGAAGAAGAAGACUUCUGUGACGUACAGUUUCAGACAGUCCUUCCCUCUAGUGGAGAUGCAAGUCCACAUGUUCCAGAACUCCUACUACCCCCACGGUAUCCGUCUGACCUCAGCAGUGUUGGGUGGAGAGAGGAAGGUUCUUAUCGUGUUUAUGGCUCCCAGCCAGCAGGACCGCACCCGCUUUGUCAGUGACCUUAAAGAGAGUAUCGCUGAGGUGCAGGAGAUGGAGAAGUACAGAGUGGAGUCCGAGUUGGAGAAGCAGAAAGGCGUGAUGCGGACUGGCCUGCUGACCGGCUUGGUCGGAGGUGGAGUGGGUGUGAAGGGUGAGGUGGCGAACGGCACCCUGGGAAGGCCCAGUCUAGAUGACAACUACUCUGCGGGAGAGGGACUCAAACGCUCGGCGCUCAGCUCAUCUCUCCGAGACCUAUCAGAUGGAGGGUUCCAUCAUUAGCAGCCCCCAGCCGCACCAGCGUUACCCGGUUCCGGGCGUGGUCCCAGGCUGCUACCCUACAGAAGACUACCGGCCGCAUCGCCCCAUCCUGAGCCCCGGAA